GGGUCGGUGGCAGAAACAAAGCCAUGAAUGGUAGAAAACGCAAGUACGAUCGUAAUCACAACAGUUCGGCUCCGACCAAGUCCCAAACUCCCACGUAAACCACCAUCAUCGUGUUUUAUAUCCCAACUCUCAGCUCCAUCCCAAAACAAAACACUCUGUUAAUGGCAACACUCAACAUAACCGCACCUCAUAACCUCACAACCUCAUUCAACACUCAACUCCACAGACCCAGUUCUGUUCCUGUCUUCUUGUCUGCCCGGACCUCCAGCAAACCCGGCCCGUUUAAGAAAUGGGUCGUCUCGACCCGGAGAAAACGAAGGUUCAGUGUUGGGUCGGUGACAGAGGACAGAGAAGUGGUUGCUGAGCAAGAGAGCAGGGUGUUGGUUAAUGGGUCUGAAGAGUUUGUGGGUCUUCAAUCUAGUUCUGGAGGAAAUGGAGAUGGGGAUGAUUUGGACAAGUUGACCAGUAGAGCUAUCAAUGCUUUGAUUGUUCUGGGGUUUGGGACUUUUGCUGUGUCUAAGCUGCUCACGAUUGACCAUGACUAUUGGCAUGGAUGGACCCUUUACGAGAUAGUGAAGUAUGUACCUGAACACAAUUGGAUUGCCUAUGAACAAGCUCUCAAUGCAAACCCGGUUUUAGCCAAAAUGGUGAUAAGUGGGGUAGUCUAUACUUUAGGAGAUUGGAUUGCGCAAUGUUAUGAAGGGAAGCCACUUUUGGAAUUUGAUAGAACACGCAUGUUCAGAUCAGGGCUUGUAGGGUUUUCCCUCCACGGAUCUCUUUCUCAUUAUUAUUACCAAUUUUGUGAGGCUCUCUUUCCUUUGGAAGAUUGGUGGGUGGUCCCGGCCAAAAUAGCCUUUGACCAAACAGUGUGGGCGGCUAUAUGGAACAGCAUCUAUUUUGUGGCUUUGGGGCUCUUGCGUUUUGAGUCCCCAAACAAGAUUUUUGAUGAACUGAAGGCUACAUUUCGACCCAUGCUGACUGCAGGAUGGAAACUUUGGCCAUUUGCUCAUCUAGUUACAUAUGGCCUGAUUCCUCUUGAACAAAGGCUUCUUUGGGUGGACUGUGUGGAGCUGAUUUGGGUUACUAUUCUCUCAACAUAUUCAAAUGAAAAGUCAGAGGCCACUAUAUUGGAGGUAUCGUCUGGAGCAGAUUCCACUUCUUCGUCAAGCAAUUCACCUGAGGACUAGUGUUAUAAGGUACUGAGAAAGGAAGUUUCCUACAUUAAUCACCAUAUUCACUCAUUUAGUGUUUGAGGCCAAACAUUGGAUGCUGGGAAGCACAAGCCCAGAUGUGCAGUAAGGGGAGAUCAUCGUCUAUUGAUUGCCUAGACUAGCAUCUAAUGGAGCAUAACCCAUAUUAGCUUCAAUGAGAAGCCAGCAUUCAUCAGUUCUAGUAGCUAAUGUAUAUAUAGACGGUGCAAAGAAUUUUUGUCUCCAUCAAAUAUGUUGUAUAUCUGCUUCAAAUUGAAUCAGCUAUUCCUGGUGAUCAUACGAUAUUUAGAUUUUAUUCGAGUAGCUGUAGAAUCUGACAGGCGUGCUGCAACUCUUGUUAUAGCAUGUAUAGUUUGUAUACUUCUAUAUAUAGUGCAAAGAAAGAAGAUUUUGUCUCGCUACGUUUUGUAGCUGUUUUGGCCACUCUUUCAGCAGGGAAAGAAGUG